AAAGUAGGUCACACAUGACUUUCACCUUUAGGCGUGCUACUUUUGACCGCCCAAGCUGUCUUUAUUCAACAACAACAAGGAAAACGUUGGUUUAGAUUCUAGGUCUCCUGUAAUCUUCCUCCUAUCCUCUCUCUGUCUUGUCGUCUUCACCUUUGUGACUUCCUCCACCCACUUGCCUCUCUCUCUCUCAUCGCCUCUGACUCUUUAUCUUCCCGUUUUCUACGUACAGCGCCGCUUCGACCACGACCCUGCGCAGAAGUCCACCUGGUAAUCUGGAGCUGAGGAGUAAAAACUGGAAGUGAAGAAGAGGAACGGGAGGAGGAAGAAGAAGAAGAAGAGACGAAGAGAUGAUUCACUCAAAUCACUCGACUCGGUCUGUGUUCUGCUGCUGCUGCACCGUUCAAACCAGGGAGAUCAGCACCCACAUGGAGCUGGAGGAUAAAACCGCUCUGUGCUUCCCCAACAGACGAUACCCGGGUCACGCCUGCCGGGUGGAAAGGUCCAUGAAAAAGCUCCCCUUGCCCCCACCUGUAGGUGAGGACGGAGAAGGAGGGGGUCUGCUUAGCGUCGUCGCCAUGUACGACUUCACCGCCAAGGAGGACAGUGACCUCACCAUUAAAAAGGGUGAGGAGUAUGUCAUCCUCCAUAAGCAGGACCAGCUGUGGUGGAGGGCGCAGGACAAACACGGAAACAAGGGCUUCAUCCCCAGUAACUACGUAACGGAGAAAAACAAAAUCGAGGCAAACUCGUGGUACUGUAAGAACAUCACCAGGACUGAAGCUGAGCAGCUGCUGAGACAGGAGGACAAAGAAGGAGGUUUUGUUGUCCGGGAGUCAAGUAAAAAGGGCGUUUACACCGUCUCUGUUUACACCAAAACAUUAAGUGUGCAUGGAGAAAUCCGACAUUAUCAGAUUAAAAUCACGGACACGGAGCAGUUCUACCUGGCUGAAAAACACGUAUUCAGUUCCAUCCCAGAUGUUAUACACUACCACGAACACAACGCAGCAGGUCUGGUGACCAGGCUGCGGUACGCGGUUGGAUCCAUGGGGAAGUGUGUCCCAGCUACAGCCGGGUUCAGCUCAGAGAAAUGGGAGAUUAACCCCAACGAGCUGACCUUCAUGAAGGAGCUGGGCUGUGGUCAGUUUGGAGUGGUGAAGCUCGGGAAGUGGAGGGGCCAGCACAAGGUGGCCAUCAAGGCCAUCAGGGAUGGAGCCAUGUAUGAGGAAGACUUCAUCGAGGAGGCCAAAGUCAUGACGAGGCUUUGCCAUCCCAAGCUGGUCCAGCUGUAUGGUGUAUGUUUCAAGCAGCGCCCUCUGCUGAUCAUAGCCGAGUUUUUGGAGAAUGGCUGCUUGCUGAACUUCCUGCGUCAGAAGGGCAGGGCUCUAAAGGAGGCGUGGCUUCUGUCCAUGUGUCAGGACGUGUGUGAGGGGAUGGAGUACCUGGAGGCCCACAGUUUCCUCCACAGAGACCUUGCAGCCAGGAACUGUCUGGUUGAUGAGCACAAUGUGGUGAAGGUCAGCGACUUUGGGAUGACCAGGUACGUUCUGGACAACCAGUACACCAGCUCUAAUGGGGCCAAGUUCCCAGUGAAGUGGUCUCCUCCUGAAGUUCUGCACUACAGCAAAUACAGCAGCAAGUCAGACGUCUGGUCCUUUGGGGUGCUGAUGUGGGAGAUCCACUCAGAAGGUCAGACUCCCUUUGAAAACCGCUCCAAUCUGGAGGUGGUGAAUGACAUCACCAAAGGGGUCCGAUUGUACCGACCACACCGGGCCUCGCCACAGCUGCACUCCAUCAUGUACCGCUGCUGGCACGAGAAACCUCAGGGUCGGCCAACUUUCUCAGAACUUCUGGAGGAAAUCAGAAAACUGGCAGAGAAUCAAGAGUAACACAAAUAUGUUUUAUAUUUUCUGUACACUUUAUUAUUUCAGUUUGAUUGUAAAUAAAUGUUCUUUAUUGUAUAGCGAACCUUUAAAGUAAUUCCUUUAAUUUAUUUUAUUCGUAAAGCGUUUUGUAUAGAACUAUGAAGUGAAGUCAUUCGAAUAUGUGUAUGAAUGAUUUUAUUGCACAUUAAGCUCCAGUUUAUUAAAUGUUUCUUUCAAACUUUUGUAGCAAAUUGUUAAUAAAGUGUUUGUAAAUCCUGAAUGACCUCAUAAAGAGGCUUAACAGCACGAGUUUUUGUUUUCCCAAACUGAGGUUGUUCGAAAUCUGUCUAAAAGCAGAUAAAAAAAAUUCUGUCAUCUCUUCCAGAACAAAAUGUUUUAUUUUAUUUCUAAUCAUACCAUUUUUGUAGCUUCAAAUAAACAAACUCUUCAUAAAUGUUGAUAUAUAUGCAAAUUACAUAAUGAACAUUCAGUUUAGAAAUCAAUAAAUGUGGCUAGAAUUCUCUCUCUCUCUCCACACACACACACACACACACACACACACACACACACACACACACACACACACACACACACACACACACACACACACACACACACACACACACACUAGAGGUGGGACUUGAUUACAAUAAUUAAUCUAAUUAAUAAGAGAAUUUGUAAUUAAUUAAUCUUAAUCAAUCACAUUUUAAUCGCUUG